ACAACAUCAAUACUCAAUCAUCAUCAAGCUUCAAUCAUCUUACAAAGUAUAAUGCACAAUAAAACCAAACGCCAGAAUGGCUUCAUAUCGCUUCUGCUAGCUAUAGCUUGCUCGGAGCAGGUUCUAGCAAGCGAGGCUCAGAUACCAUUAAAUCCCCACGCGACACCAAAGUUGAAAUGGGAAGGAUGUGGCGAACUUAAUAGUCAUACUCUUGAAUGUAGGACUAUUUACUCUUUUCCCUGAUUCGGGGUUGAAUUAACGAGGAAAGGCUCACGACUUGACGUCCCGAUGGACCACAAUAACCCCGGAAAUAAAACGUUAACCCCGGAAAUAAAACGUUCUCGAUCCCUCUCAUCAGAAUGCUGGCCACCAACGCGUCGGCUAGUGGCGAUAGACAUAUUUUGACGAACCCGGGUGGACCAGGGGGUUUGUGAAAAUACCAUUAGAGCUUACAUUUACUCAUGUUUUCUAGGCAGCGGGGUUGAAUUUCUUGGGAGAGCUGCCGCAAGUCUGAAUAAAGUGAUUGGCGAAAACUUCCAUCUGCUAUCUUUUGAUCCCCGCGGUAAGAAUAACAAUAUGGUUUCAGCUUGUAGUUGGAGUGAUCUAAUUUUCCAUAGGCGUUAGCGGAUCGAUCCCAAGAGCAAUCUGCUAUCCAAGUGAUACCCUACGUGCCGAGUCAUUCAUAGAUGCUCCUUGGAAUCUCGAGUUUCAGGCUGGUAAGUUUUUCAAGUUCGCCCUUUCCAAAAAACGAAAAAGAAGAAAAAGCAAGUUGAUUCUGAGAGAAUAGGGAAAAUGUACACAAAAGCAGAGAACAAGGCAAAAGCCUGUGAAGAUGAAAUGGGCGAGUAUGGAGGAUAUAUCAACACCCCACAAACUGCAGCCGAUAUAAACUCUAUCCUUGAUGCGCUGGGACAGGAGAAAAUGUAUUAUUGGGGAUUCAGCUGUUAGUAACAAUUCCUCGGCAACCAAUCCUGCGCUAACGUAAACAGAUGGAACCACUCUCGGUCAGACGUACGCGCAGAUGUUUCCUUCUCGUGUCGAACGUCUCAUCAUCGACGGCGUGAGCAAUCUGGACGAGUGGUACAACGAAUUCUUUUUCGAGGAGUCUUUAGUCGAUACCGACAAGAGCUACGCUGGCUUUGCCGAAGAAUGUUUCAAAGCCAAAGAGGCAUGUCCCUUAAAUUCUCUCAAGGACAUGCCCUUCGAAUCAUCCAGUGAGCUCAAGUCCUUUAUCGAUAGCUUUCUCGCAGAUUUACAGGAGGUGCCGAUACCCGUCUACUUGAACGCCUCUAACUACGGCUCCAUCACCCGACGAAAGAUCGUGACGAAUGGAAUAUUCUUUUCACUCUACAAGCCCUUUCCAUUCUGGGUCAUCCUUGCAGAGAACCUCGCCGCGCUGUUCAAUGGCAACAGUAAACCAGUGUAUAACGCCUACUCCGAUAACUGGAUCGCAGGCGUCCUCUCAGACGAAACCAACGAUUUCGUCACCAAGAAUGACAACUGGUUGACCGGCGCGCAAGCACCAGUCCACGGCGUAAAACCAGUUCAGAACUACACCAUCGCAAAGCAUCCCCUCUCAACUCUCGUAUCGAAAUACUACGGGAGCGACGCUUACGAUCGAGCUUCGUGGUUAUUCCCAACAACCCACAAAUUCCACCCACAAUAUCAUCCCCAAUUCCCCCGCGUCAAGACCGCCAAGCCAAUACUCGUUCUAUCAACGACAUUCGAUCCCGUCUGUCCAUUGGCUUCCGCAAAGAAAGCCCAAAAUAGUUUCGAAGGCGCUGGGUUCGUGGAACAAAAGUCUUAUGGUCACUGCAGUAUCAGCAUGCCUUCGCUAUGUACAGCCAAACACGUCCAUCGAUAUUUCAACGAGGGCACAAUCCCAGAAGCAGGCUCCACGUAAGAAUCUGCCUACUCUACAAAGUCUACUGUCUAAAAUGGAACGAGAAGCUGACCUGACCGUGUGGCAGAUGCAAAAUUGAUGCUGAUUACUUCCCGGGUCGUGGAAAAUCUCAUGUGUCUACGCUUAGUGAAGAAGAUCGAGAACUGCUAGCGGCUCUUUCGGAUCUAGCAGCUGAAGACGUGAUUCCUGCUUUCUUACCUAGCAGGAUGUUUGGGGUUUGAUGGGGACGAUGGUCAAUUUGAUACGGUUUCAGUAAAAUAUGCUACGAGAAGCGGUAGUAGAAUAAGAUCAAUAUUACGGCUUGAAUAGGGGCUGCCAUGGAAGAGAUCUCGCCUAGAUGUUGGAGCAUAUUAAUUUCUACUAAAUUGUUUCUAAUGUCCCAUAUUUACAAUCUCACAACUUUGAACUUCC